CCAGCAUUAAUACAAUUGUCGUUAGCUUCCAAACUCCUCCUAUUUUCUCUCCCCUAUAUUCCCUCGUAUUUUCCCGGGAAUUCCCUUCUACAUUUUCGACCCAAAAAUCUAUCCACUAAAAUCUAUCUUUUCUUGUUUUACUGAAAAAAACCAGAAAAAAUAUUAAAAAAACAGAGGAGAAAAAAAAAUGAGUUGGAGUAAUAAUGGUGAUUAUGAAAACUAUUACCAGAGAUACUAUAUUAACAACGACAACGGAGAAGCCUUUCCUAGUGUUUACAAUGAAGCUCCUUUUCAUGGAAAUGCUUCUUCUGAGCUUCAAAACGAUCUUACGGAACUUGACAUAGAGAAGGUCAAAAGAGGUGAGAGUGAACUUGGAUUGAAAUUGACCAAGACACCAUCAUUAUUGAGUUUGUUCAGUAAUGCUUCUAUAACAGAUGAUACCAACUUAUCUGGUUCACCCGAAAAGCUCAAGGCUGCCAACUUUCCUGCUUUGUCACUCAAAAUCGGAUCUUGGAUGAGAGAAUCUAGGCAUGAAGGUGAGUUGAUAGCCAAAUGCUACUUCAAAAAACGGCAAUUAGUUUGGGAAGUAUUAAAUGGUAACCUGAAGAACAAGAUUGAGUUUCUAUGGUCUAACAUUUCAGCCAUUAAAGCUACUUUUCAUGCUAAUGGUCCAGGAGUUCUUGAUAUCAUGUUGGAAAAACCUCCCUUGUUCUUCCAUGAAGUUAACCCACAGCCUAGAAAGCAUACCAACUGGGAGCAAACCGAAGACUUCACUAAAAAUCAAGCUUCCUUGAUAAGGAAACAUAGGCUUAUAUUUGGCCAAGGAGUCUUGGAGAAGCAUUACACCAAAAUCAUACAAGCUGACUCUAGAUUGCUGUAUAUAAGCCAACAACCUUUCCCAUACCAAGCUAGUAUGUACUUCAACGAAAUUCACUUCUCCAACCAGCUUUGUUUCGAAAAUCUCUCUGCCGCGCUUCCUUCAAAUCAUCCUUCAAUUAUGGAUUUUUCGGGCCAUUCUAAAAGCGCGAGUUAUCCAGUUCACCAGCAAGAACUUUCCCCCAACAAUGAGGAUCAUCAUCCUUACUAUCUCAACAACCAAACACAAUUCGCGAUUUCAUCAUCUGUUAGCCAGGAGAGUACUACACAUGAUCAGCAAGGCGGGUAUGUGUACCCGGAUGUAAAUAAUGUUCCGUUGAUAAACAACGAUGUAGGACUGCAUCCAUUAAGCUACACGCUACCACAUGAUUACAUGCCGCAGAUGGAAGCAUUCGGGACUGGUCUUCCCUACUUGGGAGAGUCUCAUCAAACACGUUAUGACUACGAUGAAGCAGCAGGCGGUACAGAUCAGUAUCAAUUGAGCCAUGAAUAUGAUCAGAGUCAGCAUUAUUAUAACAAUGCAGGAGGACAACAUUGGUUAUGAUGAAUUUAAGUCGGAAGAGUUAACAAAUAAUAUAACAUAUACCAAGUAUAUGUUUUGGUGAUAACGGUUUACUAACUCUCAGAUCACAUGACAUAUCACUGUCUCAUGUCUAAUUAAUAUACUAUUAGGCAUGCAUAGGCCGGGAUGGUCUACCAGUCAAGUAAGUGUAUGAAGCCAUGGCGGUCUCAUAGGAGAGUAACGGUUGGUGAAGCUAAGGAUAAAAAAACUUUGGAUUAGGCAAGUGUGUUUCAGAAGUGUAAGAUAUAUUCUGUAUACGUUGAAAUAUAUUCAAUACAAAUUAAGAUCGUUUUCUUUACACUCUGACUCAUGUAUGACUUUCGUCGUGGAACACCUUCAGCUGAAUCUUGAUCACGAUAAAAGGUUCACAAUAGCCAGUAAAAAAUAGUUAUACUAAACUAUUUACACGUAAAAUAAAUGUUAUUCAAAUUCUUACUA